CCAAAAAAAAAAACAAAAAAAAAAACAACACCAAGUGAACUCGAACCAGAGGUAGAGGGUUCCUCGAUGAAGAGGUAUAUCAAGAUGAAAAAUUUGAAGUGUUUGAUCAAAUUUUAUGCUGAAGUCUGCUUCCAUGGCGGCUCUAUAUCGUCAAUGGCAACCUCCCGUAGCCUUUACAGAACUAAAACCGUUCCAUGUAGCAGCCCACCAAAAUGACGCAGAAGAGCUCUUCCUCUGCCCAUACUUUUCGGUGGAGUUAUGAUGUUUUCUUAAGUUUUAGAGGUGAGGACGUACGCAAAACAUUUGUUGACCAUCUCUAUGUUGCUCUACAGCAAAAGGGUAUUCAUACCUUCAAAGAUGAUGAGAAUCUAGAGAAAGGCAAGUCCAUUUCACCUGAUCUUAUGAGAGCAAUUGAAGAGUCGCGCAUAGCUUUGAUUAUAUUCUCCAGAAACUAUGCUAAUUCGAUAUGGUGCUUAGAUGAAUUAGUGAAGAUCAUGGAAUGCAAGAACUUGAAUGGACAAAUUGUGUUUCCGGUCUUCUACGAUGUAGAUCCAUCAACAGUGAGGAAACAAAAGUCAAGCUUUGGAGAAGCAUUUAGCAGUCAUGAAGCCCAUGGCUGUUUCAAGUUGCAAAAAUGGAGGGCGGCAUUGGAGGAAGCUGCUAAUUUAUCUGGCUGCGAUUUGCCAAAUACUGCUAAUGCGCAUGAAGCUAAAGUCAUAAAGCAAAUUGUGGAAGAUAUACUGGCUAAAUUGGGUGGUCAGAGGCAUGCAAUCAAUGCUGAAAAUCUUGUUGGAAUGGAGUCACAAAUGCAGAAAGUGUAUAAAAUGCUUGGCAUCGGUUUUGGAGGAGUUCACUUCGUUGGAAUAUUUGGAAUGAGCGGAGUGGGAAAGACAACUUUAGCGAGAGUCAUUUAUGAUAACAUUUCAAGUCAAUUUGAGGGUGCUUGUUUUCUUCAUGAGGUUAGAGACCGUUCAGAAAAACAAGGCCUAGCGCGAUUGCAAGAGAUACUUCUUUCCAAGAUCCUUGUCAUAAAAGAUCUAAGGAUCAACAAUUUAUUUGAAGGAGUUAAUAUGCAUAGACAUAGAUUACGGUACAAAAAGGUUCUUCUUGUUCUUGAUGAUGUUGAUCACAUAGAUCAGUUAGAGGUUUUAGCUCAGAAGCGUGAAUGGUUUGGUUCUGGAAGUAGAAUCAUCAUAACAACUAAAGACAAACACUUGCUUGUUAAGCAUGAUGUGGAAAAGAUAUACAAAAUGAGAACAUUAAGUGACGAUGAAAGUCUAGAACUAUUUAAACAAUAUGCUUUCAAGAAGAACCAUCCUACCAAGAAAUUUGAGGAUCUCUCAGCUCAAGUGAUAAAGUAUACUGCUGGACUCCCCUUGGCUCUGAAGGUCCUGGGCAGUUUCUUGUAUGGAAGAGAUUUGGCUGAAUGGAGAAGUGAAGUGGAACGAUUGAAACAAAUCCCGGAAGAUGAAAUUUUGAGGAAACUCGAACCAAGUUUCACUGGACUCAAAAGUAUCGAUCAAAAGAUAUUCUUAGACAUUGCGUGUUUCUUUACAGGGAAAAAGAAAGAUUCAGUGACUAGAGUUCUUGAGAGUUUUAAUUUUAGCCCUAUUAUUGGCAUAAAAGUUCUUAUGGAGAAAUCUUUGAUUACUAUUUCAGAAGGUAGGAUUUUAAUGCACCAAUUGAUACAAGAAAUGGGAUGGCACAUUGUUCGUCGAGAAGCUUUCGAUUAUCCAAGAAGAUAUAGUAGGUUAUGGAAGUCUGAAGAUAUUUCUCAUGUACUUGCAAGAAAUAUGGGCACAGAAAAGAUCGAAGGCAUAUCUCUGAACUUGAGAAAGAUGCUCACAGAUAUUUCUCAUGCACUUGAAAGAAAUUUGGGCACAGAGAAGAUCAAAGGGAUACCAUUAAACUUGACCAAUGUCAAAGAAGUGAAUGUUAGUGCAACAGCCUUCAUGCCGAUGACCAGACUGAGGUUUCUCAAAAUCAAGAAUGCAUAUGUUUCUCAGAGUCCUGAUAUUCUUCCUAGUGAGUUGAGCUGGCUUUCUUGGCACGGAUAUCCUUCAAAAAGUCUUCCAAUUAGCUUUCAGGGAGAACGACUCGUUAGUUUGAAGUUAAAAAAUAGUCGCAUCAUACAACUUUGGAAAGGCUCCAAGGUUCUAGGACAACUGAAGUACAUCAACCUUAGCCAUUCACAUAAGCUAAUAAGGACUCCAGAUUUUUCGGGUACCCCUAAUCUUGAAAGGUUGGUUCUUGAAGAGUGCACAAGUUUGGUAGAAAUCAAUUUUUCUGUUGGAGAUCUCAAAAAGCUAGUCUUGCUCAAGUUGAAGAACUGCAUCAAUUUAAAGACCCUGCCAAAGAGUAUUCAAUUGGAAAAUCUUGACGUUCUUAUUCUAUCAGGCUGCUCAAAGCUAAAAGUAUUCCCAGAAAUAGAAGAGGAAAUGAAUCGUUUAUCAGAACUAUAUUUGGAAGCGACUGCUUUUAGUGAACUACCCGCAUCAGUUGAGAAACUAUCAGGAGUUAAAGUGAUAAAUCUAAGCUCAUGCAAGAAUCUUGAGAGUCUUCCAAAUAGUAUUGUUAGGUUGAAAUAUCUUAAAGAACUUAAUGUGUCCAAAUGCUCAAAACUUAAAAGUUUACCAGAUGACUUGGGUUCUUUAGUCAGUUUGGAGGGGCUCCAUUGUGAUGACACACCGAUCCAAAUGAUACCCUCCACCAUUUCCCUUCUAAAGAACCUUAAGCACUUAUCUCUCCGUCAAUGUAAUGCUUUAGGUUUGCACGUAAGGAGUUCAAUCUCAAGAGAAUCUAUGGGACUAGUUUUCUCUAAUUUAUCAGGUCUUUGUUCAUUGACAAUGCUGGAUAUAGGUGGCUGCAGCAUUUCAGAUGGAGGCAUCCUAUGUAAUCUUGGGUUCUUACCAUCUUUGGCGGAAUUGAAUCUUGGUGGUAACACAUUUACUAAUAUCUCAGCUUCAAGCAUCAGUGGUCUGACUCGACUAAAGGUUCUUCAAUUGGUUGGCUGUAGUAGGCUUGAACAUUUCCCAGAGCUUCCUCGAGCUAUAGAAGAGGUGCAUGCUGAUGAGUGUAUAUCUUUGAAGAGUAUCCAUCAAUUAGCAAAAUAUCCAACAUUGCGCCGACUUUCACUUAGCCAAUGUCAUCAGCUUCAUGAUACUGACAUGGUUGAUGCAUUAUGGAGCAACAUGCUCAAGGGACUAUACGUGCUACGAAAUGAUCUCAGCAUUUGCAUCCCUGGAUCGCAGAUUCCUAUGUGGUUUACAUACAAGAACUUUGGGGAAAAUGUUACACUGACUCUUGCCAAUAAUUGGUACACUGAUAACCUCUGGGGUUUUGCUUUCUGUAUUGUUUUUGAACGUAUGGAAUGGUGCGGUCUAUAUGAUGGUUACCUACAACCAUCACUUGGAUUUCCAGUUAACCUUAAAUUCAAAACAUAUGAUGGUAAGGAAGGCGAUAUACGUAGCAUUAUUGGCAUAAAAGGAGGUGAUAUGUCAAUUCGGAACUCAGAGCACACUCUCCUUGCCUACGUACCAUCUCGUCGUUUUCUGCAACCUUACAAUAACGAGGUUUACAGUCCCAACGACUGGAUAGAAAUUGUGGCUUAUUCUACAGUACAAUUCGACAGCAAAGCUUGGGGAACGCGUCUUGUGUACUUGGACGAUAUUAUUGAAGCAUGAGCAAGUAGAGAGAUUCACUUGGAGAAACAAGUAAUGAAUAUUUUCAAGAGAACUUUAUGAAGGAAUUGUAUAUAUCAUACUUUUGAGGCCUCCUCAGGCGUUAGCCCCUUCUGUGUAUUUUAUAAAUAAGUGACCUUUGUUAGGAUCGAAAUAACCAGGUAUCAUGCAGAAUCUAGUAAUGCAAACCUUGAAUGACGAUAAAUCAGACAACAAAAGAGAAAUAUACCAAAAGAGCCAAAAACAUAUAACGUGAUUCGGUCAA